AUGCAUGCCUCUUUCGGGUUUGAUAACGCCAAUUGUGUUAAAAUUAAACAUCUCCCUGAAAGAAUCAAGGAUGGCAUUCGAACACUCUUAGAAAAGGGCUGGGAACAUGGUAUCCAACGAGAAGGUCCAUGUGCCAAAACCGAUGAGGGCUAUUACUUCAAACUCAAGAAGAGACCAUUUGGUAGCGGAAAUACGUAUGUGGUAACUCGAAUGACACGCAACAUGAUUGCAUACCUGGCUUCCGAAGGUUGGAAAGUACAACCUGUUCCGUCACUUUUAGAUCCAUACGACACUCUGAAUUUUCGAAAGUGUGCAAAGCCCCUCCCAAAAUGUUACUGGCUUGCUAUGACAUACGGGCAUGCUGGGAAGUGGCGUCUGAAAGAUCAGUUAAGCAUUCUGGGUGGAGCAGACGAGCUCAUUGACACCAUCCGCCUUACCUUGCAAGAAAUGAAUCUUAUCUCCAAGCUCAAGAAGGAGCAUACUGAUUCUGCCAAAAAUUGGCACCAAUUUUGCAUCAAGGGCUCUUUUCUCCGUUCUGGAGGCCCAGAAAAGAAAAAGACCAUGAUGCUCAGGAUUAUGGAGAGGCUUGAGGAACGUGGUUGGGUCUUAUAUGUCGGCUGGCAUCGAAUCUAUCACGAACGGACAGAUUACGAACAGAAAAUUGGGACUUGGUUGUGUGUGAAGAGUCGUGAUUGGACGCCUACUAAUCCAGUGAAAAUUCGCUGGCAGAGUGAUUUGAAUUGA